GAAUCCUAUCUUCUCUCCUUCACACAUUACACACAACUCAAAUAAGCAGAGCUAUAAGCUAAGCUAUUCGACUAUUCAUUAUAAUCCAUAUUUCUAAAUCAAUGGCGGCAACAGCAGAAGCACCUAUUUAUGGGGAUAUCUUAGAGGCAAUAUUCUCGCACGUGCCACUAAUCCAUCUCGUACCGGCUUAUCACGUGUCAAGGGCAUGGAACCACGCUGUAUCCUCCUCCCUGGCACACGUUAACCCCAUCAAGCCAUGGCUCACGAUCCUCACACAGAGUAAACGUGAUCCUCACGUGACAGCCACUUACGCCUACGACCCCCGCUCGCGCGUCUGGAUUGAAAUGAAUCUUCAACCGUCGAUCGAGCACGCCUCCGCCGUCCAAUCAUCCCAAUCAACUCUGCUCUACACGCUAACCCCCGCGGGCUUCGCCUUCACGGAUAGUGAAGGUGCGUUCCGCGUCUCCUGGCACAACGCGCCAGCACCGAGCGUGUGGCGCACCGACCCAGUCGUAGCGCGCGUGGGUAAUCGCGUUGUGGUAGCUGGAGGCGCGUGCGAUUUUGAGGACGACCUACACGCGGUGGAAGUCUACGACAUGGAGGCACGCGCUUGGAACACGAGCCAGUCCAUGCCUGAGCUACUGAAGGGAUCUGCAGGGUCCACGUGGCUCUCAGUCGCCGUUGUCGGUGACAAGAUGCUGGUGACGGAGAAAAAGUCCGGCGUGACUUUUUCGUUUGAUCCAUUUUCUGACACGUGGAACGGACCGUACGAUCUUCGCCCGGAUCAGAAUGUGUUCUAUUGCCUCACCGGAAUCCUAGCGGGGAAAUUGACGGUGGCCGGGGUGAUGAGUGGCGCGGAAAACUCGAAGAGAGUGAAAUUGUGGUCCGUGGAAGGGGAACUAGGUUCGGGUUCGGGCUUUUGGUUCGAGGAAGUGGGAGAGAUGCCGAAUGAGAUGGCGGAGAAGGUCAUGAGAGGUUGGGAUUUUGGUUCGGUGGUAGUGACUUGGGUUGGGAAUUUUGCUUACGUUAUGAACCCGGUUAAACCGGAGGAGGUGGUGGUUUGUGAGGUCGGGGCCAGGUGCGAGUGGUGGAGCGUGAGGAACGUUGCUGCGGGGGAUUUGACGAAGAGAAUGGUGGUUAGUGGCGGUGGCGUAAGCUUACAGGAGGUGCAGCGGGCGGUGGUUACGGAGAAUCCAAGAUUCUGCAUGAAGCUAGUGUGAGUUUCUGGUUGUGAAAGAAACUUGAAAAGUUGUGGCUUGUGAGUUGCGCGUGAUCUUAUCAGAGUGAUGUGACUUGCACGUGACCUAGGUGCAAGAAUUCCGAAUUCACUCAAUUCAGAGUGGUUUGCGUGAUUAAUAAUCUUAUCUCUUUGUUGUUGGUGCUUUGGAUAGAAUUGGUCAAGUGCUUAUCUUCUAUCUACAUUCUAGCCACUCGCUUAUGUAUUGCAAUUUACUCUUUGAAAGUGAUCGAUUGCAUCAA